AUGGGAGCUGGUGGUGUUAUAUUACGCUUCUUCGGUCUUGCUAUCCGUGCGCUGCAGUUCCUUGACUCCGCAGUCAUCCUCGGCAUCUUCUCUUAUUUCCUUGCCAUUCUUCACCACCAUGAUCAGCCUAUAGCACAAUGGAUAAGGGCCGUUGAAGGUCUAUCUGGUGCUGCCACUCUCUAUGGCCUGCUAGGCACUUUAUUUGUCUGCUGCCUCGGCGGCGUGACGUUCUUUGCCUUUAUUGCCGUCGUGCUAGAUGUAUGCUUUGUCGGAGCCAUGGUCGCAAUUGCCGUUAUGACUCGCAAGGGUACGCAGAAGUGUACGGGCACUGUCAACACGCCGCUCGGAUCUGGUCCCGCCAGUGACGAUAUUGCCAAGUUGAACAAUGAUCUCAGUUACCACUUGUCCUGCGAAUUGGAGAAGGUCACGUUCGCAGUCUCAAUUAUUGGAAUCUUCUUCUUCUUGAUCUCUAUUCUCUUCACUGUGCUGCUGGCACGCCACCACAAGCGUGAGAAGCGCUUCGGUCCUUCUCCCACUAAUGGUUACACCUCCGGAAGUCGCAGCAAAUGGUUCAGUCGCAACAAGCAAAGCCCAGAGACAGCUCCCGCAGAUACACUGCCUGUUUACCCAACUCCAAAUGAAGUGGAGAUGGGCCACGAUACCAAGAGUGAAAAGAAUUGGUUCGGCAAGAACCAUAAAAAGAACGUUCUCGCCGAUGACACUUAUGCCACUCCUGCUGAGGGCACGUAUGGCUACGGUAACUCGGCCUAUACUGGCAACUACUAA